AUGUCAGAACCUUCCUCUCCAAAUAAAAACUCCUUGACGGGUUGGUGGAAACAACUCAAGAAAGGCGACGGAGAGCUUUCUUCCCCGACUCCGAUACAUGCCAGCCACCAAACCGCCGACUCUGGCUCCGUGUACUCUUCCUUAGACACGAAAUCUGUGUCGUCACCAACGCCGCAGUUUCGCGCAACCUCACCUUCGCUACUACCUCCGUUGACCUCUCCAACAAGACCGUUUUUGGGCUACAAAUCGAGAUCUUCACACAGCGUGGGGCCUCCCUCGUUCCAGGAAAACAACGGUUCCCAGGAGAAACUCAAACAACACCGCGACUCAUUUAUCCAGCAGAGACAGAUGGAUUACAUUGGAGACUCCAGUGUUUUCGGUUGUUCUCUUGAAGAAUCGAUCAAAGUCGCCGAGGCAAAAAUCUACAUCAGCAGCGACCGUGACGGGCUUAUACGAUACGGUCGUAUUCCGCGGGUGGUAGCACUUUGUGGCUCGUACCUGAAAAAACACGGGCUCGACGUUGAAGGAAUAUUUCGCGUGGCGGGGUCGACCAAGAGAAUCAAACAGUUGCAGCUGAUCUUUUCAAGCCCUCCAACGUACGGGUCCAAGAUUGACUGGGACGGCUACACGGUGCACGACGCGGCAUCUCUCUUCAGACGUUUUCUGGGCUCGCUGCCAGAACCUUUAAUUCCGCUUUCAAUGUACGAAUCUUUCAGAGAACCACUUCGAUCUCGCCCGAACAUCGUUCGCUACUUGAAGGAGAAGGAAAAGAGGAUGGCAGACGUGCAAGAACCACGAGCGGCAGCCGAAGAGAAGAAACAGGAACAGGACGAACUCACAGACGAGCAGGUCAAACAGAAGAAAAAAGCAAAAAAAGAGAAAAUCAAGAAAGAGCGCAAGGAGGCAUUAAAAGAGUACGCUAGACUUAUAGAGCAGCUCCCGGAGUUGCAAAGGCAGUUACUGUUUUACAUCCUCGAUCUCUUGGCCAUUUUCAACGCCCACUGCGACAAGAAUCUGAUGCCUGCCAAGAACCUGGCCGCCAUUUUCCAGCCGUCUGUGCUGUCCCACUCCGACCACGAUAUGUCGCCUGAAGAAUAUGCUCUCUCGUCGCUAGUGAUUGAAUUCAUGAUUGAGUAUUCUUAUAAAAUUCUUCCUGCUGCUCAACAAGUGACCAAGAAAAAAUCAACUUUGGAUGCUGCCUCGUCAACCCCGGCUUCUGCUGGCAACGGCUCCGCCAACGGUAACGGGAACGACGCAGACAGAGACGUUUCGUGUGCCUCGUUGAUGCUGCCGCCAACAACCACCUUCCCCAGAAAACACAGCAAGAGUAUGUCCUCCGUGCAAUCUCCUUCAGAUAUGCUACGCGUCAACAGCACCAAGACAAAGCUCAAGGACUCGACCGCAAAUACCACCGACGAGGUCGACUCCGCUCUAGACACCGAGGAUGACGAAACCCGCCCUCUUGCGCAACGACUCUCGGUGACGUCAUUGGGAUCUCAGAAAGUGCGCUCUUCAUUUUCGUCACCUUCCAAAACCUCUCCAACGGAAGUCAAAGGAGAAAGCCCGCUAAAAGCGGAGGUCCCGAACGCGUCAAAGGGGGACCUGCGUCCUCCAGCGUUCAAGGUCAGUUCGUCGGAAACCUCGUCUCUGUCUUCUUUGCAGAACCAAAACCAGAACCAGACCCAGUUCGGGUCGUUGCCUAAGAUAUUGCACCCUGGCUCUCAGAGCUUUGAACCAUCUUCCAUCGACGAGAACCUGAACAUGCUCACAGAGCCUAGCGACGAUGAAAGAGAGACACGGUGGGAGGCUGACCAGAACAACUCCACCGGUGAGAAAAAGUCGUGGUUCAAGCGUCUGAGAUCCAGAUCUGCUUCCAAGUCCAGAAAAUGA